CAACAGACGAGGUGGAGAGUGGACUCAGAUGACACCACACCACAGCCUCUAAUCUCUGUUUACAGCAAGGACCCUCAGCAAAGCAACUCAUUGCAGAUCCUGAGUCCGAUCACAUCCUCACCAUGUCAGAUAACUGCUCUUUUGAUCUAAUGCCUGGGAAUGAAGAGUGGCCUUGUCCUCCAGGACAGCAGUGUGUCAAUAUGACUACUGGCAUGAAUGGCAGCCAUAUUGGCAUGGAUGAUUCAUGUUUGACAGAGGAAGGAUAUCUAGAAAAAUAUCUGGGGCCUCGUAGAUCAUCUGUGUUUGUGCCUGUUUGCCUCACUUAUUUGCUCAUCUUCUUGGUUGGCGUUAUGGGGAAUGUGCUGACGUGCACUGUCAUUGCACGCAACAAGGUCAUGUGGACACCAACAAACUACUACUUGUUCAGCUUGGCGGUGUCAGACCUGUUGGUGCUAAUGCUUGGUAUGCCACUGGAGCUGUAUGAACUUUGGCAAAACUACCCAUUUCUCCUGGGGAAGGGAGGCUGCUACUUCAAAACCUUCCUGUUUGAGAUGGUCUGCUUGGCAUCCAUCCUCAACGUGACUGCGCUGAGCAUCGAACGAUACAUUGCUGUGGUGCACCCACUGAGAGCAAAGUAUGUAGUAACACGUACUCAUGCCAAAAGGGUCAUCCUCACUGUGUGGGGCAUGUCGGUGCUGUGCGCUGUGCCAAACACAAGCUUGCAUGGGCUCUUCACCCUCCAUAUUCACUCUGCCGGUCCUGCUGGCGACAUAAACCUGGAGAUUCCUGACUCAGCAAUCUGUACGGUGGUGAAGCCACGUUGGAUGUACAACCUAACCAUCCAGGUUACCACCUUCGUGUUUUUCAUUCUGCCCAUGAUCACGAUCAGCGUUCUCUACAUGCUCAUCGGGCUGCAGCUGAAGCGUGAAAAGAUGCGACAGGCACUGGAAGCCAAGUCUGGCUUUGGAAACGACAGUUUCUGCAACAUCCGCACUCAGCAGCAGAAAGCACGACGCCGACAGGUCACAAAAAUGUUGUUUGUCUUAGUGGUGGUUUUUGGGAUCUGCUGGGCCCCGUUUCAUACGGAUCGCCUCAUGUGGAGCUUCAUCAGUGACUGGACUGAUAGCCAUCAUAAAAUCUUUGAGUACGUGCAUAUCAUCUCCGGCGUGUUUUUCUACCUCAGCUCAGCAGUCAACCCGAUCCUUUACAACCUCAUGUCCACCCGCUUUAGAGAAAUGUUCAAAGAGGUCAUGUGCCAUCGGCCGCAUCAUAUCAAUCCGAGAAAACACUCUCUGAGUGUGACCCGGGUGACGCUGCGCAGCACCCUGAGUGAUGCACCACUCAGCAACGGCGCUGUUGUUGCUGAGGCUGACAUGGUGGCAGAUGGGGAAGGAAAACAGAAAGAUGAGACCAGUUUUUCAUGUUGAAGAAAAUCCUGUGGGGUCAUGUGAAAAGGGAAGAGCCUGUUGUUUAGAAAAACAAGCUUGUUCUUAAUCAAUGCCUCCAUUAUCCACCAUCAGCAGCAACGUUUACAUGAAUAUGACAGGAAAAUGUUGUCUGUGGAGAUGAAUUAUGUGAAAACAGCACAACUUUCUGCUAACUGAUGGAAAAAAUUCCUAAAAUAUGCUAAAUGUGUUGUCAUGCUAAAAUGUAAAGAGUUGAUCAGUAACUCAUCUAUCACCUAUACGACCGCUAAGCUCAUCUGAACACAUCAAGACAUGAAGAACCAUGAAUGUAUUUUAGAAUGUCUGUUUCAGGUUCCCCACAUUGAAGCCUGUCUAAAAUAAGUUUCACAGCACUUUAAAAGAAUAGUUUGUCUUAUUUUAAAUUUCUUUCUUUUCAUAAGUUGAAAGAACUUGAAAGGACUGUUCAGGAUUUCUGAAGUGCAGCUAUAACAUGAACUGCACAUCAGAAAACCUGGACUAUCCCUUUAAUGCUGUUGGAAGUGUAACGAAUGUUUAAAUGGGACACUUAUUGAAAAUGUUGUAUUCUACAGCUUUUAUAAAUGGGGUGAAACAAUGAUUAGCAAGAACUCAUUUGAAACUGUGACACUGUAUUUUCUCUGCAUCUCUGUAUAUGCCGGUGUAAUAAUUCUCCUUAUUAUUAAAAUACCAACAACCAUGACAGAUUAGUAGUAAUAGUAGUAUCAGUAGUGUUAGUACAAAAUAAUGAAACAUCAUGGAUGUUAUUGUGGAGGAUUAAUCAUCAAAUUUGUGCCUGUAUCCAAUCAGUUGUUGAUAUAUGAUGGUGUUGUUUGGUUCUUCUUUUAAUCAUUUCUGCUAAUGUUUUAAUCUUUUUAAUUGUUUGUAUUUUUACUUUAACAAAUUAAAAUGUGAUCAUUUUAA